AUGUCUCGACUGGCCAAGAAAUCGCCGCCCGUGUGCGUGGAUUUGCCUCUCGACGAUUCCGACUUUCGUCGGAAGCUUAAAUGUCUGAGGCAGCUUUUAGAAUCUUGCUUCGGCCCCGCAGGUAGACUCAAGCAAGUUCACAACAACAUAGGGGGACACGUUAUAACUACCUCAACCUCUUCGGUUCUGCUUCAGUCUGCUUCCUCGUCUCACCCUUUGAUGAAGAUCAUCACAGCUUCUGUUCUCGGCCACGUCUCUCGCUUCAGUGACUGUGGUUUGUUUGUUGCCAUUUUUUGCUUGGCUCUAAUUGACCGGGCAAACAAAUCUGGCCUCUGUCAAAGUACAGCCAUACGUGUGAACCAGCAUUUGCUGUCGACGUGCACCGGCUACCUUCAUCAAGAGGAUUGUGGGUGUAAACUAAAGCUCGACUUCUGUGGGAGCCAGAAUCUUAUUGGAUUGUCUCGAAGUGUUAUCUGCAGCAAGCCAGCCUGCGUGCUAACAGAGCUAGAAGCAAUGCACAUCAGCAGACUGGCCGUGCAAGCUUUUGUGAUGACUGUUCCUUGCGAGGGUCCAGGAAGAGUCAGCCUUGGCAGGGUAGUGACUGUAUCCGUCGAGGGUCUUCCUGUAAAGGACUCCUCGGUAUUUCCGGGGUUGCUGGUAGAAAUACCUGAAAUUCUUUACCCUGGUAUCAUAGAAAAUGAUUCGUCUGCACCACUGAAAAUGGUUUUGUAUACUGCGUCACUCUCUGGGGACCUAUUUGAAUUGGGAGAUGGGAGUCUGGAAGUAAACGCACAUGUAGACACAGAGUCCCAGAUGCUGGAUCAGCUCCUGGAGCUCGGGAGCCAGGCAGUAAAAGAUGAGGUGAAGCUCUUUGUGUGCCAGAAGGUCAUCCACCCAGUUCUGCAGCAUUACCUGAGGCAGCAUGGCGUCAUGGUGAUAGAAAGACUUGGUGGCACUCUCGUAGAGCCUCUUAUUCAGCUGACAGGGGUGAAACCUGUGGCCACAUUACAGACCAUAAUCCCACCUGAGGCCUAUGGGCAGGUGAACAGCCUCAGUAUUAGGCACUUUGGAUUUAAAAGGAUGAUGCAUCUACAUCCUCCUGAAAACACGGUGAUCUGUACUAUGAUCCUCUGCCAUAGGAAUGAGACAAUGUUAAGUGAGCUGAAGGUGGUGUGUCAGAAGGCAGAGCAUGUGUUGAGGCUCACCCUGAGGGAGCCAUCUGCCCUCCUUGGAGGAGGAUGCACUGAAACCCAUCUAGCUGCUCACAUCAGAAACCAGGGAAUCAAUAAGGUGGCGGAGGCAGCAUUGAUGCUAGGGUGCUCAGAGAGAGAGUACCUUCUUGGGAUGGAAGCAUUCUGCUGCUCGCUGGACUCCGUAGCCCAAUCGCUGGAGCACAACGGAGGAAACUCCCUUAUCGAUUUGACCCACGGUCACCACUGGACAAUCCCUGCAGAUGUGACUCAAGCACAGUGGGAGCAGGUCAUGGGCUCGUGUGGCUGUGGACUAGUGGAGAAAAGGCCUGAUAAAGAAUGGACCUAUCUGAACACUAAGUACUCAGAGUUCUCUCCUGCACCCCUUUCUAGGAAUACUAACUUGCAGCCACGUGUGCUAGACUCUUUCACAGCGAAGCUCAAUGCAUUGCAAAUUGCUGUGGAAACUGCUAAUCUUGUGCUGAAUGUUAGAUUUAUAAUUCAGGAUGUGAAUUAGCAUUUUUAUUCAGUGUACAAUUUGUU